AUGGUUUCUGAUGAUGAUAGAAAUGGUGAUUUUUUUAAUAAUGAUUUUGAAUACUCUGAACAUGAUAUUAAAACACCUCAUGAUGGUCAAACAAUAGAUUUAGACCAAAUUGUGAAAACCAGACAUCCACUUCUUAAUAAAAAAGCCAAGUGGAAGUUGAAUGAUAUUUUUAAUUUGGAAAAAAUUGAGGCUCCUAUAUAUUUAUCUUCAUUAAGUGAACGGACAUUAACAGACAUUACAAAUCAAGAAAACAAUCAUAUUGUUCCAACUCAUAUUCAAAAAUUUAAUCAGGAGUUAUCCAAAUUAGAUAAUUAUACAAAAGAUAAAGAUAUUAAUAGUUUAUACGUAAUAGUUCUCACUUUUUUUGAAGAAAUUGGGCAAAGGUACAACCUGGAAAGUGUUGCAGAUGACUUUCCAUGCCUGUCCUUCGUUAUUGAUUUUCAUGACCCAUAUGGAAAACUAGACAGUCUUUAUCGAAAAUACUUUGGAAUCAAUUAUAAGGACAUAGAAAUAUAUCAAUCAUAUGACAUUUUUCAUGUCAAUAAACAUUUAGAUAAGUACAUUAAAGAAUCAAUCGAAAAAGACCUAUUGGCUAUUCCUGAUGAUUAUGGGGGUUUGGAUAAAAUUUACUUUGAGUUGGCUGAAAGAUCCAGAAUAAAAAAAACUCAUUUCAAAACAAAGAAAGACACAUUAAUGGAUGAAGGGACAUGGAUGAAAUUGACAAUUGAUGCCUUCUUUUAUUCAAUGAUUAAAUUUUUUGAUGAUAAUUUGGGGUGA